GGAAAAUUCGAGGCCUAUAAAACCCGCCCAUUCAAACCUCCUUUACCCCAACAUCUACUUCUUUUCUUUUCCCACACAACCAGACCAAGAACAGGCUCUUCUGCUUCCACGAUUCCAACGACAAGGUUCGCUAAUGACUCUUCCAGAUCAGGCAACGGUGAAUUGCCCUAGCUUUAAGCUUGUCCUCGUCGGCGAUGGUGGAACAGUUCGGUGCAGGGAAGACUACGUUUGUUAAGCGGCAUGUCACUGGAGAGUUUGAAAAGAAAUACGAACCGACGAUUGGUGUUGAAGUUCAUCCUCUGGACUUCUACAGCAACUACGGACAGAUCAGAUUCUAUUGCUGGGACACUGCUGGUCAAGAGAGGUUUGGUGGACUAAGAGAUGGUUACUAUAUUCAUGGACAAUGUGCCAUCAUAAUGUUCGAUGUUACUGCUCGUUUGACAUACAAAAAUGUACCAACAUGGCACCGUGAUAUUUGCAGGGUGUGUGAGAACAUUCCUAUGGUUUUGUGUGGCAACAAGGUCGAUGUGAAAAACAGACAGGUGAAAGCAAAGCAGGUUACCUUUCACAGGAAGAAAGGUCUCCAGUACUAUGAAAUUUCAGCCAAGAGCAAUUACAACUUUGAGAAGCCAUUUUUGUAUCUUGCUCGAAAGCUUGCAGGAAGUGCCGAGCUGCAUUUUGUUAAAUCACCUGCUCUGAUUCCUCCAGAAGUGCAAAUUGACAUCGCUACACAAGCGAAGCACGAAGCGGAAUUGGCAGAGGCAGCCGCACAACCACUUCCAGAUGAAGAUGAUGAUGUAUUUGCUUAGUCUGAGUCUGUCAUCAAGAUGUUUAAUUUGUUUUUCUUUCUUAUAGAUUGGUGUCAGUGUUAUUGGUUAUUUGGAAAUAUUGUCACAGAGGAUUAUCUACCUACUUUCUGCGGUUAUAGGGCUCUACUUUUUUUCUCUACUGUUAGAAUGAAAUUUGGUUAUUUAAGUGCAUAGGUUAUUCAUUUGUGUAGUAGGUAUAUGCUUGGAUCCCAUUUUCUAUGUUAUCCAACUUGGUAUAAUGGAAAUGCAUGGCUCCCUGAUCUUUUUUCG